AUGUCCGGACCAGUCAUGUCAGGACAAGGCAUUUCGGGAGCAGGCAUGUCCGGUUACUCGUACGGGAGUCAGCCGUACCAGGUUCCGUUCACGCACAUGAGACCGGCAUUUGCGGCGCCCGAUGCGUACCACCAGUUUCAGGACCCCGCGGUGUACCAGGGAGGAGGGUACGCGGCGGGCCAGUACGGGAGGCAAGGGGAAGAGGAGUACUUGGUCGCGAAAUUCUCCAAUGCGCCCGGGAUGGCUCCCACCGUGCUCUCCGGCCAGACGACGGGAGAGCCGUGGCCGCGGUUCAACAACGGAGAGGACCCGCUCACUGCGCGAGGUCGCAAGAUGGCGCGGGGGAAAGGUGCUGCAUGGGAGAAUGGGGACGCGGGUAUGGGGCUCAACUCACCAGCAGGACCCAUGGGUCAGCCGCAGCAGCAGUCAGCAUGCCGCUACGACAACUCCCUUGGGCUAUUGACGAAAAAGUUUAUCGACCUUAUAAAGGGAUCAGAUGACGGCACACUAGACCUGAACACUGCAGCGUCAACCCUGCAGGUCCAGAAGCGGCGGAUAUACGACAUUACGAAUGUUCUUGAAGGCAUUGGGUUGAUUGAGAAGAAAGGGAAGAACAACAUUCAGUGGAAAGGCUUGGAGUGUGAUUCAACCAUCAAAGAAGACUCACAGAUCCUACAGGCGGAGUUGAAUCGGUUAAGGGAGGAGGAGUUGAGUCUAGACAAUGGAAUCAAGGACAUGCGGGAACGGUUACGGCUGUUGAAUGAGGACGACAAGAGAAAACAAUGGAUGUUUGUGACAGAAGAAGACAUUAAGAACCUGCCAUGCUUUCAGAACGAAACCCUGAUUGCCAUCAGAGCCCCGCACGGCACCAUGCUCGAAGUUCCAGAUCCAGAAGAGGGCUUUGCUCAGCGCAAGUACCAGAUACUGCUGAAGAGCACCAGUGGGCCUAUUGACGUCUACCUGGUCAGCCGGUUUGAGGAGAAGUACGAAGGAGCAGCGCCUUCCCAGGCAGGCCAGCCGGAUCAGCAGCAGCCGCAGCAGCAGCAGCAGCAGGGGCAGCCGCAGCAGCAAUCCCUGUACUCUCAGACACCCAACCAAUCAUUCGCCUCUCCUGCUGUUCUGGAUACUCCAGGACAAGGAGGAGGAGGAGGAGCAGGAGGAGCAGGGGCGGGGGCGGGGGACUACUGGUUGCUGCCGGAUCAGCAGCUGGGACUCACAGACAUGUGGCGACCCGAUGGCCCAUGGGACGAUCCCGCUCGUCUUAAUCCCUCUGAUGCAGGCAUGCCUGGGGGAGGCCCAUGGGACGAUCCCGCUCGUCUUAAUCCCUCUGAUGCAGGCAUGCAUGGGGGAGGCCCAUGGGACGAUCCCGCUCGUCUUAAUCCCUCUGAUGCAGGCAUGCAUGGGGGAGGUGGGACCUCUCAUCCCAUGCUCAUCCAUUCACUCCCCUUUUCUCCCUCCCUUGUUCUCAACAGCUCUUCCAUCCACCAGGCCCAUGGGACGAUCCCGCUCGUCUUAAUCCCUCUGAUGCAGGCAUGCAUGGGGGAGCUCUUCCAUCCACCAGACCCAUGGGACGAUCCCGCUCGUCUUAAUCCCUCUGAUGCAGGCAUGCCUGGAAAAGGCCCAUGGGAGGACCCCACUCGACUGAACGCCUCUGAUGCAGGCAUACCUGGGGGAGGCGGCACCCCACGUGCCCCAUUCUCACUCAAUCCCAUUCCUGCCCUCCUCUUCAUUCCUCUUGAUGCUACUUCUUUCCCCUUCACUCCUCCCCUUUGUGUUAACCCCUUCCACCUGCCAGGCCCAUGGGAGGACCCCACUCGUCUGAACGCAUCCGAUGCAGGCAUGCCUGGGGGAGGUGGCCCCAACCAUGCUCGCCUGUUUUUGUCCCUUGAUAUUCUCUCCCCUUCAACGCCCUCCCUUGCUCUCAUCCGCCCAUCCACCCGCCAGGCCCAUGGGACGACCCCACUCGUCUGA